AUGACGCCCCCCUUCUCUCUCUCUCUCUCCCUCUUUCUCUCUCAUUUUCCAUUAAUACCUUUCUCACUCCUCCUUUUCUUCUUCUCUUCCAUUUUCUCUCUCUCUCCUAUCACCCUCCUUUUCUCUCGCUCCCUCACUCCUUCUGUGUCUGCUUCUCUCUCUUUCCGUCUCUUUCCCAUUCAAUCUCCUUCUUUCCCCUUCUCUCUCUUCUUCUCCCUCUCUUUUCCAUUUUGUUACACUUGUUUUCCUUCACUCCUCGUCUCAAUCUCUUUCUCUAUCUCCUCUCUAUAUUUAUCUAUCUCACUCCCUCUCAUUCUCUCACCUUCUCACUAUCACAUUUACUCCAUCUCUCUUAUUUUCACUCACUCUAUUUCUCUCUUUCUUUCUCCCCCCCCUCUCUCUCUCUCUAUCUCUCUAUCUAUCUGUCCUUAUUCUCUGUCCAUCUCUGCCUUUCAUUUAACUUUCCUAUAA